AUGUGGAGGCCUGUUGAAGAGAGUGAUGCUAACUCUUCAAGGGAGACCAACUGUGGUGGUGGCAGUGACUGUGAAGCAGAUAGACGGGCCAAAAGUGUCAUGGAUGGAUUGUUGAGUCAGCCAAACUUAAUGAAUUUGAGUUCGCAACAGAUGAACAGACACUCAUUGAGAGAGAGGACUCUUAUGAACUCAUCUGGUAAUGAAACAGGCAGUUCUCAUGGGAAGCUCAUCUUUGAAUAUUUUGAAUAUGAACAACCACAUAAUCGCAAACCUCUAAUUGAUAAGGCAAGUUCUCUUGUAGCUUACUGCAUGGAGGCUGACUCCCAUCUUUGUCCCAGCGUGGAAACUCAUGGCAUUAACCCUCAACUCCACAGGUUUCAGCUCUUGCAUCUCAGUUUCCAGUACUUAGGACAUGCAGGAGCUGUGAUCUGUUGCCUGCAAGUUGGGUUGCUGUGGCUUGGUAAACCAUUGUAUCCUAUAUACAGAAUACCCAUGGGCCCAACUCUUCGGGAUCUGGAUGCAUCCUUUUUAACUUUCCAUAAUCUGUCAACAAAAUCAAGAAGUAUUUGCCUCUAUCCUCUCUGUGUCUUGUUUGGGUGUGACAGUCAGCUGCGGUUUCAUGGUGUCAAUGAUAGGAAUGUACCUGGGGUGACUAAUAGAUUUCCAAAGGUCUCUUUACCAGUUUUUGGCCUUGCAUCUUAUAAAUUGAAAGGUUCUAUUUUGACUCCAAUUGGACCAUAUGAGUGCCAGCAAGAAAGCUCUCUACUGAAAGCUGCUGACAAUUGGAUUCAGGGUCUGCAAAUUGUUCUUCCUGACUACAAGUUCUUCCAUUCUCACUACGUGCAGCGGUGA